UAAGGGAAUGAUUGGUUAGCUCAGCUAAUAAGCUGCCGCUUAGAACCUUCACUUUUAACCCACUACGAUGUAUGAAUAAGUAUGAAUACACAAUACGUAUGAAUAAGUAUAAAUAAUUUUUAUAACAAAUUUAUCCCAGCAAGCGCAUGAUGAGGGCUAGGGUGGCUAGUUUGCUGCUGGUUCUUGUAGUCUUGACAGGACUUAGCGACGCAGGCGGCGGCUCGAGCGGCUUCCACAUCCACCGGGAACGCCACCCUCACGCUGACCGACACCACGUGCCCAAGACGAGGGCUGAAGGAGGCGGCGUGCUGAAGGAUGACAAACUUCUGCAGGAUAGAGAUCACAUUCGUGAAGAUCUCGCCGGCUCGCUCACAGACGAGCAGAUCAACAAGAUGGACGACAAGGAGCUCGAGUUCCAAUAUUUCAAGGCGCACGACUUCGACAAGAACUAUCGUCUGGAUGGCCUCGAGCUGAUGGCCGCCCUCGCACACGUCAUCCAGCACGGCGACCAUGACGACGACGACAGACUUGACGCCCAGCAACUCAAACUUGUCGAGGAGCUGAUCGACGACGUACUCUACGACGGCGACAGAAACAACGAUGGCUACCUGAAUUACGUCGAGUACAAGCAAGGGCGACAGAAAGCUGCCGGCCAGCAGUGAACAUAUAACAUUAAUGUGCUAAUAAAUAACUUGCCGCAUCAUCGUUUGUUACUUGCUCGUACUUACAGCCAGCCAGCGGUGAACAUGCAACAUGAGUGUUAAUUAAUAACUUGCAGCAUCCAUGCGUGUUACUUGCUCCUACUUAAAGCUGUCAUCCAGCGGUGAACAUGCAACAUAAGUGUUAAUAAAUAACUUGCAGCAUCA